CAAUACCUCAAAUAUGCUCUCUCCUGCAAACGGCAGCAUUCAGGGUCCAUUAAUCGCUCGUGAAAACUGAGACAUUGUGAGGUUGAUAUUAGUACAGCAUUCCCACAAAGUUUCGGCAGAGAUCUCGAACGAAUCCAGAACACGCCACCAUGUCUGCCAACCCGGAUUCAGUCGGCAACCAAGGCCAGUUUCACUCCAGCGUGCCGCCGGCACAGCCCUUGACGACCUCGGGUCACCAACUCGGCCAGCAAGUCGGCAACGAGGCCGUGCCCGAAUUCCGCGCCAAGACCUACCCGCCGGGCACCGCGCCCAAAGAGGACAGCUACCAGCCGAACCCGAUCCACGAGGUCCCGGGGCAGGCGCUGAACCCGGACGCGACGGCGGAGACGGGCGGGCGCACGGGGGCGCUCGACAUGCCCGGCGCGACCAGCGGCGAGGUAUACAGCCAGUCGACGUUCGCGCGGCCGAUGCAGGGCCAGACGGGGCGGGAGGCGCACAGCCAGAUGCCGGGCCGCAAGGGCGAGCCCAAGAUGCACGCGGGCAAGCGCAAGAAGGAGCGCAGCGGGCUCGAGGGCGUCGGCGCCACCGCCUCGACCUCGGACGAGACCGUCGAGGGCCGCGCGCGCGCCCUCGGCGCCGACCUGCCUGAGGGCGUCGAGCGCGGCGUCAGGGGCACGGGUCCCGCCGCCGAGGAGAUGAUCCCGGCUUCGGCGGCCGAGGUCGCGGCCGAGAAGAGGACGUCGUGAGCGGUGUCGUGCGGGUUGGCUGGCCGCGUCCGCGCCUUGUACACUACGAUAGGCGGUAAGUAGAUGGUGCAAGAGAGUCCGGGCAGUAAAAAAGGAGAAUUUUAUUGGGAAAUCUCAGCAGCCACUGCGAUUGAUGUCUCAGGUGUCAAAAAGCAGAUGACCGUCAAAAACUGUGCGUCAGCCGCGAAUCGAACGCGGGGCCCAUCGAUGGCAACGAUGGAUUUUACCACUAAACCACUGACGCUUUCUCU